AAAAAGCUAAAGGAGGGAUUACCAUAAAGGUCAAGUUGGGAAUCAAGCAAUGAAAAGAGUUUAUUCUCUUGAAUAUGUUUUCCUGUGGAGCAAACUAUCCAAUUCCAUCAACCAGUGAGCUAAUAUAAAUAGACCAGCUUCUGAUCACCUCAACAACACAAACCAAACUCAAAGUGAAGCCUAAACCUACCCAUCUAUUAUCUCUACCAUAAUCAAUCAGCAAUGGAAAUGGUGACGAGGUUGAUUGCAGACAAGCCAGUGGUGAUUUUCAGUAAAAGCAGUUGCUGCAUGAGCCAUACAGUGAAGGCUUUGAUAUGUAGCUUCGGGGCAAACCCUACUGUGAUAGAGGUUGACAAGUUGUCUAAUGGGCAACACAUAGAGAGAGCUCUCAUGCAGUUAGGUUGCAGACCAAGUGUUCCUGCUGUGUUCAUAGGUCAGCAAUUCAUAGGAGGUGCUAAUGAAGUAAUCAGCCUCAAUGUUCAGAACAAGCUUGGCCAGUUGCUUCUAGGUGCUAAAGCUAUCUUCAUCUGGGCUCGCUAGCUAUCUCUUCAGAUUUCAAAUAACCACUUUCUAAUCUCCUUACUACGUAGCUUUUCAUAUUUUCGUGUUUUGCUCCUUGUUAUUGUAUAGAGCUCCUUGGUGCUCUACUUUUUCUUCUGAGGCAGCAUUGUACCAUGUUGCUUGAGAAACUUGUCAAAUGAUGACUCAGUUUAGUGCGAAUUUUAUGUAUUGAGGUGGGUUGUUUCAGUCAUGCAUGAUGAUUCCCAGAUUAUCAUAUUGAUGCAGUGUAUAAAUUAAAAUAAUACUUCAAGAAAUCCGGUAUA